AUGGUCAGAAAACUUAAGCAUCAUGAGCAGAAAUUGCUUAAGAAAGUUGACUUUCUCAACUGGAAACUGGACCAGGGUCACAGAGACACCACUGUUAUGGCCCAAUACCAAAUCAGCAAUAGAGAAGACUACCACAAGUACAACAAGAUCUGUGGUGAUAUCAGAAAGAUAGCUCACAAACUCUCCUUGCUACAACCCACGGACCCUUAUAGAAUCAAGCAUGAGCAGCUUUUGCUCGAAAAAUUAUACAAUAUGGGCAUUUUGGCCACAAAGUCGAAGAUCUCAGACCUAGAAAAUAAGGUUUCUGUGAGUGCCUUUUGCAGAAGACGUAUUGGUGUGGUGAUGUGUCGCCUUCGAAUGGCCCAAAAUAUGAAAGAUGCCAACCUUUUCGUUGAGCAAGGCCACGUGAGAGUUGGUCCUAACGUCAUCACCGACCCGGCCUACUUGGUCACCAGAAACUUGGAGGACUACCUCACCUGGGUUGACAGCUCCAAGAUCAAGAAGAACUUGCUCAAGUACAAGAACAAGAUCGACGAUUACGACUUGGCCUAA